AUGGAGCCCAAGGACCAGCAGCUCAUGGUGGCACUUAGGAUCCGCCCACUCAACAGUGCAGAACUAGAAGAAGGGGCCACUGUCAUUGCCCACAAAGUGGGGGACCAGGUGGUGGCGCUCAUGGACCCUGGCGAGGACCCGGAGGACCCCCUGCGCCCACACCGUUCCCGGGAGCGCACCUUCAUCUUUGACACUGUUUUCGACCAGCAUGCAUCCCAGGAGGACGUAUACCAGGCCACCAUUGGGCACCUGGUGGAGGGGAUCAUUUCUGGAUACAAUACCACAGUGUUCGCCUACGGGCCUUCAGGUGCCGGGAAGACGUAUACAAUGCUGGGCAUGGAUGCUGAGCCCGGCAUCUACCUGCAGACCCUCACUGACCUCUUCAAGGCUAUCAAGGAGAAUCAGGACAACACGGAGUACAGCGUGUCCAUGUCUUACCUGGAGAUUUAUAAUGAAGUGAUCCGGGACCUGCUGAAUCCAUCUUCAGGGUUUCUGGACCUCAGGGAAGAUUCGAAAGGCAGCAUCCAGAUUGCAGGGAUCACAGAGGUAUCCACCUCCAACGCCCAGGAGAUCAUGCAGCUGCUCACCAAAGGCAACCGGCAACGGACACAGGAGCCCACUGCCACCAACAAGACAUCAUCUCGCUCCCACGCCGUGCUGCAGGUCACCGUGCACCAGCGGAGUCGGGCAGCUGACCUGGCUGAGGAAGUACGGCUGGGGAGGCUGUUCAUGGUGGACCUGGCCGGCUCAGAGCGUGCAGCCCAGACCCAGAACAGAGGCAAAAGGAUGAAGGAGGGCGCACACAUCAACCGCUCGCUGCUGGCACUGGGCAACUGUAUCAACGCGCUCAGCGAGAAGGGCGGCAGCCGUGCUCAAUAUGUGAACUUCCGUGACAGCAAACUCACGCGCCUCCUGAAGGAUGCCCUGGGAGGAAACAGCCGAACAGUGAUGAUUGCGCACAUCAGCCCGGCCAGCUCCAGCUUCGAGGAGUCACGGACCACACUGCUCUAUGCCUACAGAGCCAAGAACAUCAAGACUCGGGUCAAGCGCAACCUUCUGAAUGUCUCCUACCGCAUUGCACAGUACACGGACGUCAUCUCCGACCUGCGCAGGGAGAUCGAGCACCUCAAGUCAAAAAUUGAGAAGCAGGACAAGGAAAAGAAAAGAGAGCCUGGUGGCCCAGGUGUGCAAGUCACUGUCACCCCGCAUGACGCCGAGGAAGAGAGUCGGCUGCAGGUGGACAAGAUCCGGGCGCAGCUCAUUGGGGCAUUCAGAGAGCAAAUGGAGAUGCGGCGCAGCCUGGUAGAGCUGGAGAACACCAACAUUGAGCUGCACGUGGACAUGUCCCGCCACCUGCUGACCCUCGCUGAGCCUGGAGCCCAGCACGAGCCCUGGUGUUUCACCAAGAACCGAGACCAUUUACAGAACAGGCUGCUGAGGGCCUGUCCUCAGGCCUCCUUUCCACCUGGUUUCUACAGAGCCCGCAUGGAGACUCGAUCUGGGGUCCUUGUCCACAGAUCCCAUGUCACUGACACCCUGACCGAGCCCCAGGCCCAUGGACGGUUCUGGGAGCGGGAGAAGUCCCAGCAGCAGGCACCCAGGGACAGGGGCGAGCUGGACAAGGAUGAGGAGCCGGCGGAUGCUGACGCGGACGAGGCGGAGUCGGGGGAGCCGCACGAGGUGGCUCUGGCCAGAGAGGAAGUCAACCUGCUUUUAGCCGAGCAGAGGAAAACCGCAGCCUUGAAGGCCGGGCUGGAGCAGCGCCUGGCCCAUGCCAAGCAGAAGGCAUCACAGAUGGAGCAGCUAUUGCCAGAGCAAGUGACCAGCCAGGCCCAGCGAGAGGUCCUCCAGCUGCUGUGCCGGGCCCAUGAACUGGAGGUGGAGAACACGGAGCUGCAGGCUACCAGUCUGUGCCGGAAGAACCUGCUGGGCCAGAAGGACUUUGUAAUCCAGCGCUACCACCAGCACCGGCUGCUCUGCCAGCAGCUCAUCCAGGGCCAGAGGCAGCUGCUGCGAGACAGCGGCAUCCCGGUGCCGGAGCCCCUGGAGCAGUGCUACCGGCUGUACGCCCAGGAGCUGGGCGAGGGCACGCUGGACCGCCUGCUGCUGCUGCAUUCGGUGAUGGCCAGCUCGCUCCAGGAUGGCUCCAUUCUGAAUUUAUCUCCCUCACCGCCUGAGGACUCCAGCCAAGACCAGCCAGAGGACAGGAAGGACCUUCCAGGAGGCACCCCGUUUGAGCUGUCCCCCAUGCUUCUGGAAAGAGACAGUGACAGUCACAAAUCAUCUAAAGCCACGCCACUGAGGAUGCUGGGAAAGCAGGACUCUCUGCUGCCCCCGCCGGCCCUCCGCAUCCUGCUGACUCCACCAGUGCUAGAGGUUGAUGAGAACACACUGCAGGUGCCUGAGGUCAGCUUCACCUUUCCCAGCGCCCUGUGGCAGGGCAGCACGGUCCCCAGCAGGCAGCCUCUGCUGCCUCGAGAAAUCCGAGGGUCCACUGACAGUGGAGGCCGACGCCACAGCCCUCUGCCCCCCAGCAACCCCCACCGGCUCCAGAGCAGCAGUGCCAAGAGACAUCGACGACCCAGAUAG